AAACAAAAAUGGCGGUCAAGCUGAGGUUGGCGAGGUUCGGGUGCAAGCACAGGCCCUUCUACAGACUAAUGGCUGCCGAUAGCAGUUCUCCCAGGGACGGCAAGCAUCUCGAAGUUCUUGGUUUCUACAACCCUCUAGCGGGGGAAGAUGAUGAGAAACGAAUGAGUCUCAAGUCUGAUCGGGUGAAAUACUGGCUAUCUGUUGGGGCACAGCCAACAGAUUCAGUUCGGAGUCUUCUAUUCACAGCAGGCUUGCUUCCACCAACGCCAGUGGAACGAAAAGGUGGAUCCCAUGAUAGUCGUGAGGUCGAUCCUAUGACUGGGCUGGUAACAUCCUAUAACUGGGCUGGUAACGUUUGAUUGUUCUAAAUGCUCCCCCUGAGGUCUCGGUUAAUGAGACAAUGGCGAAAUUAGACAUUUGUUAAAAUACGUAUUCUGAAACCUUAAGUUGCAGUGUUUAUGUAAUGCGAAUGAUCUAAAUUGUGGGCGGAGGAGGGGGUUAUGGCUACAAGCACAGGUAGUGUAUGUUUGUGUUUACUCAUUUGGUGUUUGCUUUCUUUUCUUUCUCACCGUGUGAUAUAUCUGCUGACUCAAAUGGGCACAGGUUUUAGAGGGCUAAUUAUAAGGAAAAUUUUCUGAAAUAGGAGUAGAAACAGUGUGAAAUUCCAAAAUAUGAGUAACGUGUAUAAGUAUGGUAACAUGUCAUUAAUAUAUUGGGCAGAGUUCUCUAUGAUUCUGGCAUGAAACUAAUGUCUUCUCAUGUGUGAGCAUGAAAACUAUUGUCUACUAAUGUGAUUCUUUUUUUUUU